AUGAGCACAAUCGGCAACACGAACACUCCCAAGGCUGCUGCCUCGAGUCAGGCACCAGCUCCUGUCACCAUCAAGACUCCUACUGGCAACCAAUGGCAAGUGCCUUCUGGCAUUUUCAUCAACAAUGCUUUUCACCCCUCUGCCUCUGGCAAGACGUUCGACUCGAUCAACCCAGCCACGGGAGAAAAGCUGUGCACGCUCUCACUCGGCGGCGCUGCUGACAUCGAAGCUGCCGUCAAAGCGGCGCGAACAGCUUUCAACACGGUGUGGGGCAAAAAAUCAACACCAACACAGCGCUCUCGACUUCUGCUCAAUUUUGCAGAUCUGGUGGACAAGCAUCUGGACGAGCUGGCCGAGCUCGAGAGCAUGGACAAUGGCAAGCCUCUGUGGAUGGCCAACAGCUUCGAUGUUCCGGAUUCGGCGGGCUGUUUGCGCUACUAUGGCGGUCUGGCCGACAAAAUUGAAGGCAAGACGAUUGAACAGACCGAGGGCGAGAAGAUUGCCUACACUCGCAUUGAGCCUCUCGGUAUCUGCGGACAGAUCAUUCCCUGGAACUACCCGAUUCAGAUGGCGGCCUGGAAGCUCGGCCCUGCGCUCGCUGCAGGAAACUGUGUCAUCCUCAAGCCUGCUGAACAGACGCCUGUGACAGCACUCAAGCUUGCCCAGCUCUCAGUUGAAGCAGGGUACCCACCUGGGGUCAUCUCGGUCGUCAACGGCUAUGGAGCCGAAGCCGGCGAGGCUAUUUCAAGGCACAUGGAUAUUCAAAAGGUCGCCUUCACUGGCUCCACUGCUACAGGUAGGCGGAUCAUGAAGGCGGCAGCCGAGAGCAACAUGAAGAAAGUCACACUCGAACUUGGCGGAAAGUCGCCUGUGGUGGUGUUCGACAGCGCUGAUAUCGAGCAAGCCGUUCGCUGGGUGUGCAUGGGUAUCCUCUUCAAUCAAGGACAGGACUGCACUGCAGGCUCUCGUCUUUUUGUUCAGGACAAGGUCUACGACAACUUUAUGCAGCAACUCAUCACGGCUUUCCAGGCUCACAAGGUGGGCGAUCCGUUCCACGAACUCACAUUCCAAGGACCGCAGGUGAGCAAAAUACAGCAGGACAAGAUUCUCGACAUGAUCGAGUCGGGCAAGCGUCAGGGCGCCAAGGUCGAAGUCGGAGGCAAGGCGUGGAGCAGUCCGGAGGCGAGGUUCAAGAAGGGCUUCUUCAUUGAGCCUACGAUCUUUUCAGGAUGUCGCAAGGGUAUGCGCAUUGUAGACGAAGAAAUCUUUGGUCCUGUUCUGGCGGUAGCCAAUUUCAGCACAGAGGAGGAGGCAAUUCGACUUGCCAAUGAGACCGAGUACGGUCUAGGAGCUGGAGUCUUUUCCGAAAACGCAAGCCAAAUCCAGCGAAUGGUCUCGGCGAUCGAUGCGGGCACCGUCUGGGUCAACAACUAUGUCGCACUGAGCAACUCUGUUCCAUUUGGAGGUAUGAAGGCGAGUGGAUUCGGACGAGAGUUGGGAGUUGAUGCUAUCAAGGCUUACUGCGAUGUCAAGGCGAUUCACUGGAACUAUGGCGAAAAGCUUGACUGGCCACUACCCAAGCUUUGA